GAUCAUUCGUGGUUGUUUAUGUGUAGCAUCGUGGUAGUUGAUUUAGUAAAAGUAUUUUAUUAUAACAUUUAAUUAAAAUAUAAUGCGAUUUUCGCAGUAGUUAUUCGUUCGUAUGAAAUGACUGAUAAAUCUAAAACAAUGAGCCACGUAAAACACAUUCCAAAAGAUGCCCAAGUUAUUAUGUCCAUCAUGAAAGAUAUGGGAAUUACGGACUAUGAACCGAAAGUUAUUAAUCAAUUACUUGAAUUCACAUAUCGUUAUGUUACCUGUAUAUUAGACGAUAGCAGAGUAUAUGCUAAUCAUGCAAAAAAGAAGUUCAUCGAUUUAGAUGAUGUAAGAUUGGCUGUUAAAAUGCAAUUAGAACGUUCUUUCACUAAUCCACCACCGAGGGAUGUAUUGUUGGAUGUAGCACGUGCCAAGAAUACUGUACCAUUACCAUUCGUUAAGCCAAAUAAUGGUUUGAGAUUGCCACCGGAUAGGUUUUGCUUAAACGCAACUAAUUAUAAACUAAAGAAUGCUACUAAGAAAACUGUUACAAAGCCACUUCACUCUUUGGUCGGCAAUAAUAUAUCUGGAGGACAAUCAAGAAUCAAAGUAGAAGGAAAUAAGACUGGUCUUUCAAUCGUUAAAAGACCGGGUACUUUGACCACCGUUGCCAGAACACAGUCUAUUUCUAUACCAAAGCCUGUAUUAAAAUUCUCAACCGCACCAACAGGGACAGCCACUGUGAAAGCACAGGUGGCGAAACCAAAAAUACAAGUUUCAUCUGGACAAACUUUGCCACCUAUCAAAAUGGAAACGGAUGAUAUUUUGAAAAGAAAAAGGGAAGAUGAUGAUUACGAUGUUUCAUAACAAUACUUAGUUAUCGAUAUAACAUAAAAUUUGUACUUUUUGCUUUACUCAUAUUUG